GGUUUGGGGCGGAGCGCGUCUUCUGCGGAGGACAAGAGACGCUCUCCUCCUGCAGGUCUGCCUUCUACCAAAAUGAGCGGCCUGCAUGAGGGCAACAAUCUUCCUGUCGCUAAAGACUGCGACCUGGCUACUGGCGACCAUGCCCCGGGACAUCCGGACCUAAACCAGUGCCCGGGCGAGGAAACCGAGGCGACGCCGGUGAUGGCGGACACAGGUGAGGGCGGCUUGGAGACCGCCGCGGAGGGAGGCGCACCCCAGAACCCCGCUAGUUGUGCCCCGGUGCUCCGCGUUCGAGUUUUUGGGAGUCGCGGCCGUUUAGCGACCAGAUCGGGCCAGAAAGAGGUUCUUGCCACGGAAGGUUUGGCAGCAGCCCCUGCCUCAGCCUCCGCCGCGGUGGCGACCGACAAUAGCCAGGAAAAUGGCUGUCCUCGUAGAGAGCCGCAGGGCCCUGCUGGGGAGAAAGCUCUAGAAGCCUGUGGCGCAGGGGGGUUGGGGUCUCAGAUGAUGCCUGGGGCGAAGGCCAAGGAAAUGACAAAAAAGUGCGCCGUUUCAGCGGCUGUGGAAAAGGAGGGAGGAGCAGAGGAGGUGGUGGAGGAAAAGAAGGUGAUGCAGAAGGAAAAAAAGGUGGUAGGAGGAAUGAAAGAGGAGACACGGGGCAAGGCCCCGAAGAUCAAUAACUGCAUGGAUUCUCUGGAGGCCAUCGAUCAGGAGCUGUCAAAUGUAAAUGCCCAGGCUGACAGGGCCUUCCUUCAGCUGGAGCGCAAGUUUGGCCGCAUGCGAAGGCUUCAUAUGCAGCGCAGAAGUUUCAUUAUCCAAAAUAUCCCAGGUUUCUGGGUCACUGCCUUUCGGAACCACCCCCAGCUGUCACCUAUGAUCAGUGGCCAAGAUGAAGACAUGAUGAGGUACAUGAUCAAUUUGGAGGUGGAGGAGCUCAAACACCCCAGAGCAGGCUGCAAAUUCAAGUUCAUCUUUCAGAGCAACCCCUACUUCCGGAAUGAGGGCCUCGUCAAAGAAUAUGAGCGCAGAUCCUCUGGCAGGGUGGUGUCUCUUUCCACUCCAAUCCGCUGGCACAGGGGCCAAGACCCCCAGUCCCAUAUCCACAGGAAUCGGGAAGGAAACACUAUACCCAGUUUCUUUAACUGGUUCUCAGACCACAGCCUUCUGGAAUUCGACAGGAUUGCGGAGAUUAUCAAAGCAGAACUGUGGCCCAAUCCCCUACAAUACUACCUGAUGGGUGAAGGGCCUCGCCGUGGAAUUCGAGACCCAGCAAGGCAGCCAGUGGAGAGCCCCAGGUCCUUCAGGUUCCAGUCUGGCUAACUGAUGACCUUAUGAGAAGCUCCUGCACAAGUCUCCUCACCACCUCCCCUUGAACCUAUGCUUAGCCAACAGCAUGCAGUCUUCUAUCUGCUUUCUCUUCACACUGGAGUAUUUUCUUUGGUUCUUCUAAAUCUUCAACAAUCAGUUGCAAGGUUGACUCUUAUACGCUUGUGUUCUUCUUCCUCUGGACCUUCACGCUCUUCUGUAUCCUGUUACAUGUUCCAAGUGCAUGGCCUUGCACUGCUUCUAUGCCAUGCACAUGAUGCUGUAGAUAGAUAGGCACUGCCUUCCUUUGCAUGCCUUGAGCCCUGUCUGUGACCAUGGUCUUUUCCCAGUUUUUUAAGUGGUUAUCUACCACAAAGAAGCUUGAAAUACCUUUGCAAAUAACUAGCUGGGCUUCAUACUUAAUGCUGACUGUCCUCCUGAUACCCAUGUACUGUAUGUCAAGUUCUUUGAAUUUCACUGCUGCAAGAUGAAGCUGAUCUAGAUGAUGCCAGCCGUCAACCCAAACUGGACAUUCUGGCUACCACUGACUGGCUCCUAGCUGCCUUCCUGGCCUGUGCCAUCCACCCAGCUGGUUAUCUGGCAGAAUAAGGGGGCUGGUGGGGGCUACUAGGCAUGAAUGAGGUAACAGAUGAGAGGUGUUCAGUGUUACUGCAUUGGUCUUCUUUUGCCUUUGGGCAUUCUGCUUUGUGAACAGGUACUGGUGAGUAUGACGGUCUGUGCUAUGGCCCACCCAAACCUGCUCUCGGCCUUCUGGGUAAGCUUUGCAUAGGCACCACUGCCUGCUUCCUCAGCAACUAUCUGUGGACUUAAGAUCCCAGGCAGCACAUAGGGAACUUCCCCUCAGAUCCCCUACCCCAUCAAGUAGUUAUCUAUAAACCCAAUUGGCUGUUGGGCAGGUUGGGCAGUCAUACAUGAUAGUGCCCAAAGCAAGGCUGGUAAUGGUUCACUUCCAGCAGUUAGGCUUUCUGAGCUGUAGCCAACAAACACCCUUUAUUUGGGCAACUUUGUUAGGUAUCCCCCUCCUAACUCUUGCACUCAUUCUCAGAAUGACAGGAUAAAGUUGCUAGGGUGGGGGCACUGAGGGAGAGGUGUUUCUGGUCUGUGGGGCCUCUUGUGUAUCUGUCUCUAUCUUUCUCUUCCCUCCCCCCACCACCUUGUUCUCUCUGCUUCCCUCUCCCACCCUUCCUCCCUCUCUGAAACAGUUACAGCUCAGAAACAGAAAACUAAACUGGCAAAAGCAGGCUUUUUGUUUAAUUUGCUCUCACCUUGUGUCCAGAGGGAGAAAGGUACUGUACAAUAGACUCCAGAUCUUUUAAUUGUGCUCUUCUGCCCUCAUGCCUCCCCCCUACUUCCUUUUUAGUAGGGUCUGAAAGGAGACCUGUAGGUUGUUUAGUUAUGAGCAGUGUUCUUUUGGGCCAACUUUGAUGACCCCACCCUUUUUCCCUGUCCACUUUCCAAAACCUGUGUUUCUUGAGUUGAGUUUGAGAAGCAGAGGGGAAAGACAGGGGGCCUCACAGUGAUGGAUUUAAGGCAGACCCAGAGUAGGGUGUGGUCUAAAGCAACCAAAACUUAGUUUCACUCUACUUUUUUAAACAUGGAAAUUUGGCGGGGGGGGGGUGGCCUUGGAUCACUUAGAAAUAACCCCAGGGCAGCAUUUCGAGGGUCACCUCUGUCCUCUAUUUUAUUACUGCUUUGAUGUCCCCGGGGCCUCCAUCCUAUGGCCUGGCCUUCCUGGCUCUCCCUCCUCCACUUCCGCAUUUCCUUCCCUGCUUCUCUCCCAAAAACGGAGCAGGCUGCAGUCUACACUGUGGGAGAUGCCAGGCUACCCUCCUAGGGCGGUAUGGGGAUGUGUGGUGUCUGGAUUUCCAGGACAGGUUCCAGUAGGUGGGACAGCAGUGCCGUCAGGGCUGUCUUACUUGGGUGGUAUAUAGUGCUAGUAAUGACUGCCUUUCUCCUUUUUUUUGAAGGCUUUGCUCUAAGCUCUAAGUGUGUUUGGGAGGUCUGGGCACAGCAAGUGGGGAGGAUGCUGUGGGCUGAGGAACCUGAAAGCCCAGAAACCGAAAUGAACCUGCUGUGGAGUAGUCUUGGAAAGGCACAGGGAAGACUGGAACCCUGCAGGGUUGGGGAUGGUGGGGAGAGUCCCUGAAGCUUUUCCCGGGAGAGGUGGGAGAAUCAAAGUGGUUGAUGUUUAAAGAGGAUGCUUGGAGUAGUUUUCCCUAAUUCCCUUGAAUUCGCCAGUAGAUUUUUAUACACAAAAAUGCAAGUCUGGAUGUUUUCUCUCUAUUAUUAUAGGAGUGUUCUUUUCUAUGUGGAAGAUGAAUGGUAUAUGCUGUAUUUGAGUAAAAUCCUAUUAAUUCCUUUCUCUAUUUUUGCUUGCUGGCAAAAUUGACAUUUACAGGCCUGCUUUUUGCUUGUAAUUGAGAAUGUGUGCAAAAAUAUCAAACUUGUUCCUGUGCAGUAUGACACCUGUGAAUAUUCAUUAAUAUUAUCAGCUUGUUCUGGCCUGUCUGUAUAUAUAGUUCUAAGAAAUAUAAUUUGAAUGUGAUCUUUGAAAUUUUGCAAAUUGUUGCUUUGUCUUGUGAAAGUAAUCUCAAAAAGAAAAACAUAACUCUACUGUCUUGAUAUUUCUUGCCCUAAUAAUAAUGUUGUACUUGACAUUUUAUGUUCCUAACCUUAAGUGUAAGUACUUGUAGAAUUGCUCUGUCAAACUAAACAAGGAUCAUUAAGUACUUUAGUCUUCUUUGUGCUCAAAGGAAAAAUAGUCUGUCGCUCUGCUGUAUUUCUUGUUUUCACCAAAAAAUAAAAAUAAAGUUCUGUGUUGUCUAGGCUAA